AUGAAACGAAUUCUCUCCAACAAGUUCAAACAUUUGGUGCGGCUUUCCAAAUCGUCCACGCCUGAUCCCCCACCGGAUUCAACUUUAUCAGCAACAGCAGCCAGCGCCGACCUCCCCCAUACUAUACCUAUCCUCGAAAGACAAGUGGCCCCAGUAUCAGUGUCGGUGCCGGUACCAGAAAACCUACUGGUCGAGCCAGCCGGCGACAUUCCCCAGCUCAAUGCCACGCUGGAAAACCUCCCUCCUGAAAUCCGGCGUCAGCUCCUUUCGGUACUGGGCCUUGAAGAACUAAGUGCCUUAGUCCACGCGUCUUCCACCUUUCACCAGCAGUACCUGCUAGAUCGCAAAUCGCUGCUCUGUAAAUGUUUAGCCACCACGUUACGCAGCGCUACUGUCGACGCCUGUGCCGUCUAUCGGUCCAGCCUAGCCAGCUUUUUAGACGCGCGCACAGGUGAAACAGUCACUCAAUUUCUUAAGUCCUAUCAGAAUCGACGCUCUUCGACCCAAUAUUCGAUCCUUAACGAGGGGCUUACCGAGGAUGAGGUCGUAGGCAUGAUCGCCUUCCACUCCUCUAUUAUAAAGGCCCUUGCACGGCACUAUACCGACUGGGCGCUAAUCAAUCUCGCCACUGAGACCAAAGACUCGCAGAGUCACGGACUGCUUAGCAGGACGGAGGAGACGCGGCUGCUACGCGCCCUGUACCGCUUCCAGCUAUGCUGCAACCUCUUUGGCACCGGCCGCCACGGAAUUUUGCUUGAACCGGGCAAGGUAAAGUACAACCAAAUCUUCGACGACAUUCGCUGGGACGUCCACGAGGAGAACCCCAAGUUUGACGGCCAACGGCCGCCCACCCCUGAUGGGGCGUUUGAUCUAGACAAUAGCUGGGCUAGAAGCAGCCUCCUAAAAGGAACCAUCUCUCGUGGCCUCGAGCUGCUGUACACAGUUUUCUUCACGGUCAGAGAUCAUGCCCACCUCGUCUCGACGAUGCAGGAGCAUAUUACGUGGCCGGAAGGCUACUUUCUCGAGGGCGACGCCUUGGGCGAGACAGCACAGUUGCAGCGGCGCCAGGAGUGGCCGUCGAGCCGGGACCAGAAGGAGCAACGGCGUGACCCGCUACCCUUUGAGGGGGACAACGACCGGGAUGCAAACGGACCGCCACUGGCUUGGACGCUAAUUUGGCAGGGAACCUACAGCAACCUGUACGGACACUAUGUGGAAGAUAAUAUCCGCCGCUGGGGGUACGUUAUGUGGGAUGCGGUGCGGCUCGAGCGUACUGGAGCAAAGGAGGUGUUGGCGCGGCAGUGGGAGGCGGAUUGGGGGGACGGCGGUCCAAGAGAUACUCUGGUAUAA